UUAUUUAAUAAGCUGGCGGUCUGUCAGAAAAUAAGCUGGUUUCUGCAGCAUUUCAGACGCCCAUUGCUUUUUGCUUUGGCUUUGAGUGGCGCGAGCGUCAGCGCGAGGUCAUGCGCGCCGCCGCUGAGCAGCUGUCAAUCACAAUUGCUCGCGAGAGAUCGCAUUGAAGCGGCUUGUUACAUUGUUUUGCGGCACCACAACACUUUCUGCAGUAUUUCACAACAGAGACGGUCGACUUGUCGCUUCCGCUUGGAGAGUCUCGUAGUAGCAGGUGGAGGGAAGGCGGAUCGACUGGCCGAGCCCGCCAUGCCCGGUCCCGUGAGCAGCAAAGCACGGGUUUAUGCUGAUGCCAACACUGUGAAGAGCAAGGAGUACUGGGACUAUGAAGCACAUGUGCCUAGCUGGAGCAACCAGGAUGACUACCAGCUUGUACGAAAGCUCGGAAGAGGCAAAUACAGUGAAGUGUUUGAGGCCAUCAACAUCAACAGCAACGACAGAGUAGUUGUUAAAAUACUGAAGCCUGUUAAGAAGAAGAAGAUUAAGCGUGAGAUCAAAAUUUUGGAGAACUUAAGAGGAGGAACCAACAUCAUUCGUCUUGUAGACACAGUGAAGGACCCUGUGUCUAGAACGCCAGCCCUUGUGUUUGAGUACAUCAAUAACACAGAUUUCAAGGAUCUCUAUCAGAGACUUACAGACUUUGAUAUCCGGUUCUACUUGUAUGAACUUCUCAAGGCACUGGACUACUCUCACAGCAUGGGCAUCAUGCAUCGGGAUGUCAAACCUCAUAAUGUCAUGAUAGACCACCAGAUGAGAAAGUUGCGGCUUAUAGAUUGGGGUCUUGCUGAGUUCUACCAUCCUGCACAGGAAUACAAUGUAAGAGUCGCCUCAAGAUCAUAUAAGGGACCAGAGCUGCUGGUUGACUAUCAGAUGUAUGACUACAGUUUGGACAUGUGGAGCUUAGGCUGUAUGUUAGCCAGUAUGAUCUUCCAGAAAGAGCCAUUUUUUCAUGGUCAAGACAACUAUGACCAGUUGGUCAGAAUUGCCAAGGUUCUUGGAACAGAAGAGCUAUUCAGCUACCUGAACAAGUAUCACAUUGAGCUGGACACACGUUUCAAAGAUCUGCUCGGCCAGCAGACACGUAAGCGCUGGGAGAACUUUGUUCAGCCAGAGAAUCAGCACUUGGUGAGCCCAGAAGCUCUGGAUUUGCUGGAUAAACUCCUGCGUUACGAUCAUCAACAGAGAUUGACUGCCCAAGAAGCCAUGGAACACCCAUACUUUUAUCCUGUGCUGAAGGGACAGUCUCUGUCAAAUUCAGAAGGUGCUCUGGCAAUAAGAAGCUCAACCACAACAUGAUGGGCUAAAAGCAGGAAAACCUUUUUACCUCAACAUGUCGUGCAGAGACAUGCUGCCUUUCAGGUGUGAAGCUUCAUUUUACUGGAGCAAGAAGUUAUUAAGCAACACAAGACUUGUACAGAAUGAACACAAUGGGCUGUAGUCCCUCUCCUACAUUCACUUUGUAUUAGUGCUGCUUGUUUUUCCCCCAUCUCCCCAAUUUUGAGUUGGACAUCUCCAUUUCAUUUUUGGAACAACACUGAAUUAAGCUAUGAUAUUAUGACUGGGAAAGAAUGCCUGCUCUUUCCCCAUGAUUCUCAGGCUGUAGAUGACUGAUGGGGGCUCCCGAUCCUGGUUGCGUUAUAUACUGGAAGAUUGUGUUGUUCAGUGACUUGCCCUGCUGAUAUGAGCUCAGAUUAUAAACUAUAGUAUUGUCAGGUAUGGAGGCUUUACUGCAAUUUAUUGAAAAUAAGAUAUAUUAAAUGAAACUUGUUUUUAA